AUGUUGAUGAACGACGAUCUCGUAUGGAAGAAGCGAAUCAUACCAGCUUCGCGACUGCCGGAGCUGCUGUCUCGACAGCAGGAGCUCCGAGGGAACAAGAAGCCGACGAAGGGCCUGGGCGCCAGCAACGUGCAGGCGCGAGAGCGCUGGUCGCGUGCGGUGGCCUCCGUGAGCGACUCCGAAGGAGUGGAUCGAACCAUGAGUCGCGUCCGGAACAUCUCGAAGAAGGUGAGGUCUGCCAUGUUCUACGAGGACAGUGGCUUCUCUGUCCUGAAAAUGGGGAACAUGCUCGCGCAAUAUCAUCGGGCGUAUGAGCACAAACGCUACCACCGCCUGAACCCCUUCUUCGACGACGUCCGAGGGCUCUCAGCGCCCUUGGACAGCAUGUUCGAGUCCCGUGCCUACGAGAUCGUGGAGACCAUGCAGCUGGAGCUCAGCAACUCCUUGCAGAAUGAGUUGGUCCGCCGCGCCGAGCCCGUCGAGCUCCAACGCCUCGACCGAGAAGCGGACACUUCGGCGUCGUAG